AAACCUCGAAAGACGAAGCGCAGCGGAGGCCACCCCACUGGCAGCGGAGGCAUGGGGAGACCACGAGCGACCCCCGCCGCCGCCUCCAGGCCGAGGCGCAACCCCAAGCCCAAGCAGGACCCCUCCUUCCUCUUCCCGCUCGCGUCGCCGGCGCCCGCAUCGCGCAAGCGAGCCGUCCGCCGCGGUGCUUCCUCCCCCGCGUCGUCGUCGCCGGGCUCCUCGCCCGCCGACCUCAGCAUCGGCUUCCUCUCCUCGCCGGGCUCCUCCGCCUCGCCUCCGAAGCCCAAGCCGAAGCCCCGGGCCAGGGCCAAGCCCGCCGCGCGCUCGCCCCUCGUCGCCAGCCCUCGCGUCACCGUCGCCUCCCCCUCACCUUCCCCCGCCGCGUCUCCCCAGCCUUCGCCGGCGGCGGCGGCUGCGGCUGCGGCUGGGGCGUCCAGCGUCGGAGACCUCAGGAGCGCCGUCGCCUCGCAGAUGGAGGGCCUCAAGCGCCGCCUCGACGCGCUCCACUCCCGCGCGCACGCCGACCUCGACGCGUCCUUCUCCCGCGUCUCCAAGCGAAUCAAGACCCAAAAUCAGGCCUGUCAGCAACUAACAGAUGAAGUUGACAAGGAGUACAAGAAGAUGUCUGAUAAUAUAAAAGAAAGUUCUGAGAUUGUCAAGGCAAAGUACAAGCAGAUCAUCGCAGAGGCACAGUCUUGCACAACUCGUGUGUGCAAGGUGACUAUCCCUGAGAUGACAAAAUCUGUGGAGAAAGCUAUUGAUGGUCUGCGUAGCCGUUAUAAUAUCUCAAUGCCAGCUUAGUUACCAGUUCAAGUUCUAUUCACUGCACUUCUGAAUAGCCUUCUUCACAUCAAUCGGACCGUUGAAUCCUUGGGGGUGGUGUGGUCGUUGUUUCGACAUAUGUAGAUAAUAUCAGUAGAGUACAGAGCAUAGAAACAUCGAAUGGUAGAGUACAUCGGCAUAGUGAAGUGCCUAAUAUCAAGAGAGUUUAUCAGUUUUGUCAAUUCGUUAUCCCAUUUUUCCCCUUCUGACUUUAGUAUGUAUUCAGUCAGUUGAGAAGCAGUCCAACAUAUGCUAAACUGUUGUUCCCACGGAGAGGCUUCAUCAAAACUGUCAACGCCAGCGUAAUGUAUUGCUUAUUACCCAGUUAUUUUCCUGAAGAUUGAGGAUCAAUUUUUCUAUGACGUGCUAUUCAUACUCCAGUUAACUUCCA